GGACGCUAUAGUGUUACACCCCGUUAAUCGAAGUAACUGUCUGGCAACUUGCAAUCCAGUGCACACGCAUGCUGUGUUAAGUUGCUGGGCAACAUGAAAUUUCGUAUCAGCUCUCUGACGCAAAAGUGACGUUAAUAAAGUAAGAAUGAGUUUGCAAUGGUAUGUUUGCAUGAGGCGGAGGCUGAACCGAUCUCACCGACCCGAACUCUGGAGGGAAUAUGCAUGGUCGAAACGUGUACCGGUUGUUGGAGAGAUGACAGCGCGAGACGACUACUCCAACUGACUAGGCUACUCGGGAGAUAAACAAGAAAAUUAUUCAAUUAUUGAUUUAAUCAAAAGGUUUACUGAUUUCAUUGAUUAUUUUUAGCAUACGAAGAUAACUUAAAAAUGGAUUAAGCUUGGAGCUCCAAGAGGUUUGGCAGUUCUCUAUGAUAGGCUACGCUUGAAUGACGCACAUUGUUCAGGUCAAAUUCCUCCUUUAUCACAAUGGUGAUUUUGUCGGAGGAAAAGGCAGCGAGGCAGUCCGGGAGACCACUGCAAGUGGGUUUCUACGAGAUCAUCAAGACAUUAGGCAAAGGAAACUUUGCUGUGGUAAAACUAGCUAGACACAAAGUCACCCAAACAGAGGUUGCCAUUAAAAUCAUUGAUAAAACUCGACUGGAUGAAUCUGAUUUAGAGAAGAUUAACCGGGAGGUUCAGAUUAUGAAGCUUUUGAAGCACCCAUACAUAAUCAAGCUUUACCAGGUUAUGGAGACCAAAGACAUGCUGUAUAUUGUGACAGAGUAUGCAAAAAAUGGAGAGAUGUUUGAUUAUCUUACCUCAAUUGGUCAUCUAAGUGAAGCAGAAGCUCGUAGUAAGUUCUGGCAACUCCUUGAUGCUGUAGAAUAUUGUCACAAGCAUCACAUUGUACACAGAGACCUGAAAGCAGAAAAUUUACUCCUGGACAGUAACAUGAAUAUAAAACUGGCAGACUUUGGUUUUGGGAACUUCUAUCUGCCUGGUAAAUCUUUGUCUACCUGGUGUGGGAGUCCUCCCUAUGCCGCCCCAGAAGUCUUUGAGGGGAAGGAAUAUGAGGGACCACCCUUGGAUAUCUGGAGUCUGGGAGUAUUGUUGUAUGUAUUGGUUUGUGGCACACUACCUUUUGAUGGCACCACUCUCCUUGCCUUAAGAAGAAGAGUCACUGAUGGACGCUUCAGAGUGCCCUUCUUCAUGUCACAGGACUGUGAAAGCCUUAUACGGAGGAUGUUGGCUGUUGACCCUGCCAAGAGAUUCAGUGUGGCUCAAAUCAAACAGCAUAGUUGGAUGCAGGCUGAUCCCUCUGCUAUCUGCCAUUCCUCUUUUCCCUUUUCCUGCCUUGAGACUCAUCUCCAACAAGGGACUUACAAUGAAGCAGUUCUGAGUAUUAUGCAGACAGUGGGCAUUGACAGGAAGAGAACAAUAGAGUCUCUUCAGAACAGUAGCUUCAACCACUUUUCUGCUAUCUACUGCCUGCUGUUAGAAAGAGUGAUGAAGCGUCAAGCACUGCAACAAAACAAACUGGGAACUGAGUGGCUGAAAGUACCGGGGCAGAAUCCUUCAGCAGUGUUGCCUCUGGAGGAUGAUCUUAGCACACUGGAGUACACAUGCUCAGCUUCUGCUACCUGCCAGCUAGAGACUACAGGAUAUCAAGAGUCACAGCCUGGGGAUCUAAAAAAGGAGGAGGAGGACAAUCAACCCACGAUCAAUCCUUCUGUGGGGUCCAGAAAGUCACAGAGACACACUCCCUCAGAUGCCUCACAGAACUUUUCCUGCUUACCAAGUAUAGUCAUAGAUCAUGUAGAUGGGGCCACCUCAAACUGCUGCCUCAGGUCCUCUUCCUCUGCUUCUACUAGUUCUUCUUUCACCGCCCUCUGCACCCCAUUAGAGAUGGGCACUGGCACCAAUGGCCGCAUGACUCAGGGAUUAUAUCCAUGUUCACAGAUAUUAGUAGGGAAUUCCAGCACUCACUCAUCCACCCUUGGGCACCAGAGUUGUCUGCCCUUACCCAGCUUUCAGGAGGGAAGGAGAUCUUCAGAUACCUCUCUUAUACAAGGUGUGAAGGCUUUCCCAACACAUUUGAGAAAGAAUGUCUGUAUUAAGGGCCAGAGUUGGAAUAAACUUGAGGGGCCUGUACGACACAUGUGGAUCCUAGAUGACAGUCCCCAAAGCGGUAGUACAUUGGCAAGCCCUCCAUGCUCUCGAGUGAAGCUCCACAAUGGUGUCCAGGAGAAUGUUUUAGAAAAUAAAAGGAUGGUUCCCUUUCCCUGGCAUCAGAGCCAGCAGCAGCUUCUCCCAGUGGCCUCUACUUCUUAUGUUCAACUGAAAAAAAAAACAGGCCUAGAUUCACAGAGAUUUUUCACUCCACCUCUUCCCCCACAGCAUCAGAGAAAUCCCAUCAGUCACUCUGCCUGCUCGCAGAACCCUCGGCAUUCUCAAUUUUCUCUCUCCUCUUCUUCCUCCAUUGUAGAACCAGCCGCAAAGCUUCUAGAGACUCGACUGCAGAUUAGUUCACAAUCUCAGUCUCUGCCUCAGGAUCACCCUCAGUGAAGUGACCCUGAUUUUAAUCAUUAAUAACGUAUAAUUUAGUAUUUGCCACAAUGGAGCAGUGCUUAAGAGCGACAGGACCUGACUAAUAAACUCUCUAGAUCUGGUUUAGCUAGAUGCGUGUUUGUAUAGAGGCGAAUAGUUUUAUUGAGACGUCAUAUUGCAUGAUCAUUUUAUCAUUUUUGUCAUGAUUGUAGUUGCAUAGUUAAUGUCCAGAAAGUGAUAUGUAUGUAUGUGUAUAUAUAUAUAUAUA